AUGUUAGCGUCCGCUGUUACAUCGAAUAUGAGCAGGCAUGCACUAUCAGCCAUGUUCCAGAAACGGCGAUCUAUUGACAGACCUCUUAUUAUGAACCGUCCAGAGAAGUUAUCUCUGACCAACCGUCCUCCGCCACCAGCGGCGAUAGUCCCAAAGUCAGUUGAUGGUCCACGACCUCCAGGGUGGAACGGUCAGCCCAGGAGACACGGCUCCAGCCGGUUCAACGUACACAACCACAACCAGGAACUCGUCAAACUACCCCCUAUUAAAGAAUCCUUUUUGCAUGAGUCAGGAUAUGACAAGCCCAUAGCGAUCGAUAGUUUAAUCAAAGGGGAAGUGUACGUCUGCCUCUGCCACAGGAAUUUGCCCCUCAGACUUCCCCCAUAG